GGGAGACACAGAAUCCAAAGCAGGCUUCAGGCUCUGAGCUGUCAGCACAGAGUCCGACGCGGGGCUCGAACUCACAAAACGCGAGAUCAUGACCUGAGCCGAAGUUGGACACUUAACCGACUGAGCCACCCAGGUGCACGUCUCUUCUCUCACCAAAUCAUCCCCACCUGGAGAGUGGAUGACACCCAGCUGGCAUUCCUCACUCUGUGUCUCCUACACACCUGAGUCCUGGGACCAGAGCCCUCACGGGCAAAGCCCCAGAGGUUGGCAGACUCCGCCACCCUCUGGAGCAAUAGAAAAAAGGGUGAGAUACCAGCGGUGAAGAAAUCGUCCUGGCACCCAGACAGCCACAACAAAGGGGGAAGUUUCUACCCCUUUCAAAAUUGGUCCCUUUUCCUCUGCCCUUCCCCCCAUACCACCCUGUGUACAGCCACAGCUUCAGUUUCCCAUGUGUCCUUUGUGUCAGUCUCCCCUCAAUGUCCUUGGAAUCUUUGUCUCCCCUGCUUGAGUGUCCCCUGUGCCCAGUCUUCCUAGGACACAACCUCCAACCUCCAACCUUCCUAUGAACAGCACCUCCCUCUGCCUGUGUGUCCCCUGUCACAGGGAGCUCUGGGUACCAACACCUACUGUUUCCUUGCUGGACAGUGACUCCAAGGGCAGUGCCUGGGGCUAGUGUGUGGUCUCAUGAGCAGGGAGGGGAGGCCUACCAUGUGGAUUCCAAGUGAGGGAGGACAGUUGACCUCCUCACACCUCCACCCCUGGCCUCCCCCAUCUCUCAGGUCCCUAUGUCCCCACAUGAGUUCCACAGACAUGUACAGCCUGUGAUUCAGGUGGUCUGGCCCAAAAGAACCCUUUUUCACUUUGCAAAAAAAUGACCCCAGAAGGGAGGGGCAUUGGCAGGAAGGCGGGAGAUGGGGCUCGAGCCCUGCACAGGGUGUGAAUUUGGGCGAGGCUCUCACUCUCUCUGGCCUCUAGGCCCAGGAUCCCCAGCAGUGGAGAUGCGGUGGUGGAUGGCUGAUUCCCAAGGGCUGUCCCGGCCCUGACAGCGUCUGCGUGCGAGGUUCCUUCUCUGACGAGGGCCGCUGUUCUGACAUCACUGUCACCUUCCUGUCGGGGCCUCCUCUCAGUCUUGCAGCUCUUAGCUUCUGAGAGACAGACCUGGAGAAACAGGCUCCCCGGGGACCCGGCACCUCCAAGCCCAGACAUGCUUCUGCUGCUGUUGGCCCUGCUCUGGGGGAGGGAGGGGGCCGAGGGCCAGAGGGGGGCCGGGAGGGGGCCACAGGGGGAUUACUGGCUGCAAGUGCAGGACGCAAAGGGGCAGGAGGGCCUGUGUGUGCGAGUGUCCUGCAGAUGCUUCUAUCCCCGGGAAGGCUGGUCUGAGUCUACCCCAGCUCUCGGCUACUGGUUCCGGAAAGGGGCCGGUGUACAACAGGAUGUUCUAGUGGCCACAAACAACCCAGAUGGAAAAGUGCGGCAGGAGUCCCAGGGCCGAUUCCGCCUCCUCGGAAACCCCCAGGACUACGACUGCUCCCUGGACAUCAGAGAUGUACGGAGAGGGGACUCGGGGACAUACGUCUUCAGGGUGGAGAGAGGGCCUUCUGUGAGAUAUACUUACACACGUGACCAGGUCUCCGUGCGUGUGACAGCCCUGACCCAGACACCUGACAUCCUUAUCUCGGGGACCCUGGAGUCUGGACGCCCCAGUAACCUGACCUGCUCUGUGCCCUGGGCCUGUGAGUGGGGCACACCCCCCAUCUUCUCCUGGACGUCAGCGGUCCUCGCUUCCCUGGGCCCCAAGACCCACCUCUCCUCUGUGCUCACCCUCACCCCACGGCUGCAGGAUCACGGCACCAACCUCACCUGUCAGGUGACCUUGCCUGGGACCGGAGUGACCACAAUGAGGACCAUUCACCUCAACGUGUCCUCUCCCGUGGGGACUGAGGGCCAAUGUCCACCAGCCCUCUCCGUUGACGCCAACCUGCCAUGUCUUUCUGUCCCAGAUUCUCCGUGGAACUUGACCGUCGCUGUCUUCCAAGAAAACGGCACAGCACCCACAGCCCUGGAGAAUGGCUCAUUUCUUUCAGUCCUGGAGAACCAGUCCUUGCGCCUGGUCUGUGUCGUCAACAGCAACCCCCCUGCCAGGCUAAGCUGGGCCCAGGGGCACCUGACCCUGUGCAGCCCGAACCCGGGGGUGCUGGAGCUGCCUCGGGUACAGGAGAGAGAUGAAGGGGAAUAUACGUGCCGAGCUCAGAACGCGGUGGGCUCCCAGCACGUCUCCCUGAGCCUCUUGCUGCAGAGAAAAGCGUGGCCUUUAUCAGAAAGGCUGCUGGGGGCAGUCGGGGGAGCAGGUGCAACGGCUCUGAUCUUCCUGGUUCUCUGCAUCAUCAUCAUCCUAGUGAGAUCCCACAGGAAGAAAGUGACAAAGCCUUCAGUGGGCACCGAGAAUACAGGCAUGGAGAGUGCAAACGUUGUCACGAGGUCAGUGUCUCAGGGUCUCCUGAUUGAAGCCUGGGCAGGCAGCCUUCCCCCAGAUGCCGCCACCCCCUCCUUACGGGAGGAAGAAGAGCUCCAUUACGCAACACUCAACUUUCACCAGACAGAGACUUGCUGCCCACAGGAACAGGUGGCCCCUAGUAUUGAGUACUCAGAGAUCAGGAUUCACAAAUGAGAGACUGCUGAGACCCCGCCCUGGCUUGAGAGAUCUUGGCCCCUGAAGGGCAAAGAAAAAGUCAGGGGCCAAUUCCUGUAGACUUAGAAGCCUUCCAGGUGAUGAGCUGUGAGUACGACAGAAAGAACACAAGCUUUGUAAACAGAGUAUUUCAAGUGCAAAGUCAUAUGUUGUGCCUUUACCAAGUAAGCGACAGACCAAUCCCUGCCUUUCUGUGCCUCAGUUUCCUACUCUGUGAAAUAGGGAUGAGAAGCCUACCUGUAAGCUCAUGGUGAGAAAUUUAUAUAGAAAUGCAAGGGACCUAGAAUAGCAAAACAAUCUAGUGAAGGAAGAACACGGUUGGAGAAAUCAGACUUUACUAUAAAGCUAGAGUAAUCAAGACACUGUGGUGUAGAACGGAAUCAAGUCCGUAAACAGAGUGUGUGUAUAUGGUCAGUUGAACAGCACCAAGUCAAUUCAGUUGGGAGAGGAGGGACUUUUCAACAAGUAGUGGGAGAACAAGUAGGUCAAGGUUUAGAAACAAUGAAACUUGACCCCUUUUUCACAUCACAUGCAAAAAAUUAGUCUGAAAUGAAUCGUAAACCUAAAAGUAAAAGUGAAAACUAUAAAUAUUUUAUUAUUGUGCUGCCCAAUAUGGUAACCACUAGCCGCACAUGGCCCUGGAGAGGUGCUACACUUAGUAUGCAAAAAAAAAAAAAAAAAAGAUAAAAGAUCCCAUUAACAAUUUUUCAUAUUGGUUACCUGUUGGAAUGAUAAUACUUUGGAUAUACUGGUUCUUUUAGACUAUUAUUAAAAGUAAUUUCAUUUG